UCUUACCGCUUUGGGUAAACUUAGACGGAACGUGCGAGGAGGGUGUGUGGGCAGCCAGCAACCAAACCUCGGGAGGCGCAAUGGCAGCCCCCUCCCCAGGCCCACCAGGCUGAGAUAAGAAGGUUCACGACAUGACACAACCUCUGCCCCUCGUUGGUGGUCCACAAUGCUAGCAAGUAGAUAAGUAAGAGACAUGCACGCGAGCCUGCCGUGUUGUACACGAGCAGUUGAGUCUUGUCUGUCGAGGUUCGCGGUUUGUCUUGUCACGAUCAUUCAUUAGCUCAACCGAAACAGUUCCAUCAUGGCUUAUACCGAUCAAUUGCUGUCGACCCCAACUGCUGCUUCUGCAGUGCUGUUUGGCAUUGUUGUCAUGGGAAUUUGCAUAGUCCUACGACUAUCUCAUGGGCGCCGAGCAAUGCAACAGCCUCCUGGUCGAGCCCCCUUGGCUCAUCCAGGCAGCGAGAAGGCGGGAGGACCAUGCGUCUCCCAAGAGAUCUACAAAACUCCCACCCCGCCUCCCUACCCAGACUGGUCGGUCGUUGAGACAAAGCCGUUGCCCUACAGGGCCUUUCGCUACGGCCCAAAGUACCAGAUGACGAUGGGUCUUCGGACAAUCCAUCCGCAUCAGUGGAUUGAACUCGACAAUCAGUUCCCCAAGUACCACGCAGACAAGGCGGCUCGAAUCGAGGAGCGCGGAGAUAAGUGUGUCAAGACAGCGCCCGAAGCCUUUGACGCUGCUAUCGAGCUCCUGGAGGAGCUGACGGACUACUUGCCAGCUCGGUAUCCCAGCCUGUACAAGCGCACACAUGAGGGCAUCGACAACCUCUGGUCAGGAGAAUCCUUCAACAUUGUCGAGCGUCCCCUAAAGGAAGACCCCAUGGCCAUCUGUGCGCGCCUCGUGCAAGACGACCUCGCCGUGCUGCUGGAGCAGCCCGAUGGACAGUACCGUCUCCUUGCCGGUUCCAUCCUUCUGGCCGGUUUCUGGAGACUGUCGGAUAAGUUUGGCAUGACCCUCUCCGACGUCCACACCUCUGGCGACGUCCCCCACUUCAGAGAGAAGCUCGAGACUGGCAUGAACAAAUUCUUUCGCCGGAUGAAGUGCGACACGUUCCACGCCCGGAACAACUACUUUUUCCAAGUCGACGACUGCCUCGGAUGGAGUUCCAGCAUGGGCGACGAAGAUGCCCAGGAGGUCGUUCGGGGGACGGCGCAGAAGGACAAGGCCAUUGAGCACCACUGGUUUCGCUCCGAGCGGCAGACGCUACGCAGGCUGCCAAAGACCAGGGCCGUCGUUUUCACGAUCAGGACAUACCUUGUACCGGUCACUGAGAUGGCCAGGGAGCCCUAUGUCCCCGGGAGAUUGGCGAGUGCAGUGCGCAGCUGGGAUGAGCUCUUGUCGAACUACAAGGGCAAGGAGGAGUAUGGGGCUGUGCUGUUGGACUAUCUGGAUGAAAAGCAUAAGGAGCAGGUGGACAAUGGACUUGACCUGGAGAAAGAGGAUGAGGUUCGGAGCUAUCCUUGGUGAUCUGUUAGGCGUUUUUACGACAUUAAUAAGAUACGCAUGUUACCGCUGCUCACAAAAUUUAUGUACUCUCGAGUCUUGUGGUGGUAGUGGGAAUUAUG